GGUGUAUCUUUCUAGUUCUAGUGUAAAUGAUAGUAGGCGUUUACGUAUUUGUUGUCCUUCCGGCCUUCAGAUUCCUGCCCGCUCCAUCUAAUCCAACCCGCCCGAUAAAAACUCUACGGCCAGAUCAACAACAUUCCCACGCCACUCCCAGAGCUCCUAACCCGGAACCACGAAGGGGAUCCAUGGCGGCGGCGGGUUGGCUCCGACGUGCGGCGGCGGUAUCGCUGCCCCGCCUGCCUUCCGGACUUCCCCUCAUACCGCCUCCUCCUUCCGGCCCUCUCACCGAGGCGCAGUCGCUCGUGGUCCCCGGCCUCGGCGCCGCCGCCGGGCCAGCCAUGGAGCUCAUGGCCGUCCCUAAGAAGAAGGUCUCCAAGUACAAGAAAGGUUUGAGGAAUGGACCCAAAGCUUUGAAGCCUGUGCCGGUGAUUGUUCGUUGCAGCCUGUGCCGGUGAUUGUUCGUUGCAGGUGCUGCGGCCGAGUGAAGCUACCCCACUUCUAUUGCUGCAGUGGAGAAAGAGGAAACCCAAGCGAGUCGAACUCAUAAAUGUUUUGUUUUCCUACUUUGCUCACUAUGCUACGUCUGAAAUCUGGACAUCGUAAUACCAAUGAAAUAAAUUGUCAGAUCGCUCUUGGUAUUCACCUUGUUCUCCUUCCAAGCAUUGAAUCAAUACACACUUACUCUAGUUUGAAUUCGAAGUGUAAGACUAUCAUCAAGAGCCUUUCUAAUUUUCUGAUAUCAUUUGAGUAAAACUUAUUUUUUAUAUUUUUAUA